AUGCGUAUCCUUGUUAUUGGUGGCAAUGGACAGACUGGUCGUUUCGUUGUCGACGAAGCAUUGCAGCGCGGCCACAAGAUUACAGCCUUGAUUCGGAACCCUUCUACCCUGGCAGCCAAGGAAGGCCUGAGGAUCGUGAAAGGCACACCACUGGAACCUUCAGACAUUGAGAGCGCUUUCAACGCAGUCCAAGGCGACCCCCCAACCGCCGUGAUCGUCACGCUCGGAUCUUCGAAAGAAAAGGGGGCUCGAAUUAUGACUGACACGCACGAAAACCUCAUUGCUGCUAUGAAGAGGCAUGGCGUUUCCAAAAUUGCGACAUUAUCUUCAUUUGGAGUUGGAUCUUCUCUCCCGAAUAUUACUGUGAUUAUGAGAUGGGCAAUUUCAAACACUGGCCUUGCGAAUUCAUUCGCUGACCAUAAUCAUGUCGAUGAGAUACUCAAAAGGAGCGGAUUGAAGUUCGUGUUGUUGAGGGCAGCGAGACUGACUAUGGGGAAAAAAGCGCCUGUUCAGUUCCUUGGUGACGAUGGGAAGGGACUAGGUGUUUUCGCGGGCAUGGGGGGGAUCUCGAGGGCUAGCGUGGCGCGGUGUCUAGUGGAUGCUGUUGAGAAGAGCACUUGGGAUGGAAGAACCCCUGUGAUAACGCACUGA